CUCCUUUUGUCAAUGGUAUGGACUGACUGUCAUGGCGCCCUGAGUUUGGAGCUAUUACCGAGGCGUGAGCGAAUUUUGGACAAAAAAACCUUUUCGCCAUUUAAGUGAACGUUCAUGGUUUGACGUCGACGCGUGCCGAGUCACCAUGGCGGGCAGCAGUACGGCUCAGAAGACCUGGGAGCUCACCAACAGCAUGCAGGAGGUUCAGAGCAUCGACGAAAUUUACAAAUAUGACAAGAAACAACAACAGGAGAUCCUCGCUGCAAAGCCUUGGACCAAAGACCACCACUACUUCAAGUACGCCAAGAUUUCUGCGCUAGCACUACUGAAGAUGGUGAUGCACGCCCGCUCCGGUGGCAACCUGGAGGUGAUGGGUCUCAUGUUGGGGAAAGUGGACGGCGAGAGCAUGAUCAUCAUGGACAGCUUUGCGCUGCCCGUGGAGGGCACGGAGACCCGAGUCAACGCACAGGCCGCUGCUUAUGAGUACAUGGCAGCCUAUAUUGAGAACGCCAAGCAGGUGGGUCGACUGGAGAAUGCCAUCGGCUGGUACCACAGCCACCCUGGCUACGGAUGCUGGCUGUCGGGCAUCGACGUCAGCACUCAGAUGCUCAACCAGCAGUUUCAGGAGCCCUUUGUAGCUGUAGUGAUUGACCCUACAAGGACUAUUUCAGCGGGUAAAGUCAACCUAGGUGCCUUCAGGACGUACCCAAAGGGCUACAAGCCUCCUGAUGAAGGGCCCUCCGAGUAUCAAACCAUCCCUCUGAAUAAGAUUGAAGAUUUUGGUGUACACUGUAAACAGUAUUAUGCCCUGGAAGUAACGUAUUUCAAGUCAUCCCUGGACAGAAAGCUGCUGGAGCUCCUUUGGAACAAAUACUGGGUCAACACGUUAAGCUCUUCCAGUCUCCUCACGAACUCGGACUACACCACGGGUCAGGUGUUCGACCUGUCUGAGAAGCUGGAGCAGUCGGAGGCCCAGUUGGGUCGGGGAAGCUUCAUGCUCGGCCUGGACACGCACGACAGGAAGUCUGAGGACAAGCUGGCCAAAGCCACCCGAGACAGCUGCAAGACGACCAUCGAAGCCAUUCACGGCCUGAUGUCACAAGUCAUUAAAGACAAACUCUUUAAUCAAAUCAACACAUCUAAUUAACUUUGUUCCAGCACUUGCUGGAUAUUAUGUUUAUGACUGAAAAGUCUUUUUACUGCACCCUUGUAGUCAGAAAAGUAUAUUAUUGGAUUAAAUAAAAUAGGUGAAAGUACAUUGGUUUUGUCAUUU